GCAUCACCGCAGCCGCAGGUACACUUGCUCAAAAUGAAAAUAGAGCGACUGCGGGAGUGAGAGUUACUAUUUACCGCGUCGGUCUCUAUAAGAAACUACCCCACAGUUAAUCCAGCAGGUCUCCCCAAUCCCCAUUCGUGUCUUCCCCAAUUCUAUAGCUGACCACAACAAAACCCCUAAAAUUAUCAAACACGAUUGAUCGUUAUAGAAGAUAACAAUGGGGACAUUGGGAAAAGCAAUCUACACCGUUGGAUUCUGGAUCCGUGAAACUGGCCAAGCAAUCGAUCGCCUCGGUCGCGGCCUCCAAGGCAAAUACUACUUCCAAGAGCACCUUUCGCGACACAGGACACUGAUGAAUGUUUAUGAAAAGUCUCCUGUGGUGGAUAAGGAUGUGUUUGUGGCUCCGAGUGCUUCUGUCAUUGGGGAUGUUCAGGUCGGGCGGGCUUCGUCUAUUUGGUAUGGAUGUGUUUUGAGAGGUGAUGUCAACAGCAUUCGUGUCGGGUCAGGUACAAACAUACAAGACAAUUCUCUUGUUCAUGUAGCCAAAACUAAUCUAGCAGGGAAAGUACUUCCAACAAUUAUUGGGGACAAUGUUACCAUAGGUCACAGUGCAAUCAUACAUGCAUGUACUGUGGAAAAUGAGGCAUUUGUUGGUAUGGGUGCUACCUUACUGGAUGGCGUUACUGUUGAAAAACAUGCUAUGGUUGCUGCUGGUGCCCUAGUGAGGCAGAAUACAAGGAUCCCCAGUGGAGAGGUAUGGGGAGGUAAUCCAGCAAAAUUUAUAAGGAAGCUCACUGAUGAAGAAAUAGCUUUUAUUUCCCAGUCAGCCACAAAUUAUACCAAUUUAGCUCAGGUUCAUGCAGCUGAAAAUGCAAAAAGCUUUGAAGAAAUUGAGUUUGAGAAGGCACUCCGUAAAAAGUUUGCAAACAAGGAUGAGGAAUAUGAUUCUAUGUUAGGCGUUGUCCGUGAAACACCCCCAGAGCUUAUCUUACCUGAUAAUGUCCUACCAGAAAAGGCGGCGUCAAAGAGUCUUAAAGUGUAAGAGUAUCCGUCUGAGGUACCUUUUAUGAUGUGAUUAAGAUGGAUGUUUGCUUUCCAUCAAGUGGAGUAGUAUUAUGGCCACUGCAUGUCAUUUUAAUAAUUUUUUGGGGCUAGGCUCAAGUGCCAGAGGUCUGAUUCCCUUGUGGAUUCUUUCCAUAUUGCUCUGCUCACUCCUUUUUAUGAUGAGACUUAAACGGCAUCUUGAGAUAUGGCCAGUACAAUUGAAACCUAUAUUUGCUUAUGUUGCACUGAGCGAAGCUGCCUUUUUGCAGUUAUUUAACCUGAAAUAAGAACCGAGUCCAGUGUUAUUUUA